CCCAAAUGAAAACAAUAACAAUUAACCUUUAACCUAAAUUUGUUGAAAUUGAAAGUAUUUAGGAAAAUAAAAAUAAAUAAUGAGAUAAAUUAUGCCAAUGGAAGCUAGAUAUGCCUUACUCUAUAGUGAUUACGAAGUGGUACCCUGUUUACGGAUACCAUUUGAAAAAUUUGCGUUUAUUAUUUUGACAUUGCCAUUGUUUGCUUUCAUAUUCUGUAUUAUUUAUUCAAUUUUAUUUCAUUUUGAAAGUGUUACUAGCACACAUUGCCAUGUGUUCAAUAUUUUACCAUCAAUAUCUUCUGCAAUUGGAAAUUAUUCCCCACAACGAGAAGUUUGGCAAGCUGCUAUUUUAUUACAGUCCAUCCCUAGAUUUUAUAUAGCUGUGAUAUAUUUACAAUUUCAUCACGUCAUGACAUAUCCUAAAGAUAUUUGGAUGGGAAAAAUAGCUUUUUUACUAAAUUUAACUGAGAAUGUUUCAUUGAUAAUCCUAUCAUUUUGGACCUCAUCUAAGCACUAUGCUGUUCAUGAAAAGGCUUUCAUUGCUUUUAUAACAAUGUCGGAGUUUUACAUGAUGCUAUCAUGUAUAAUGCAAACUAGAUUCAGGAGACAUAAUAAGAGGAGUCUAAAAUGGAAGCUAAGACUUUUCUUGACAAACAUAUCAUGCAUCUUACUGGGAACAUAUUUUUAUAUGAGGCAUAAUUCUUUGUGUGAACCUUAUAUGUAUUCCCUCUUUGCCUUUGCCGAAUAUAUUGUGGUACUUACAAAUAUGGCUUUCCAUACAACAGCCUACUUCGAUUUUCAGAAGAAAGAUUUUGUAUUAUACAAAUAUGGAGCUGCCAUCACGGAAAGAUAAUAUUUGGUUAUAUAGCUAGUAUUCGAAUAAUUGAUUUUUUGUGAUUUCCAUAAGUAUUCUUCCUUUUUAUAUUUACUUAUUGAUUAUUAAAAUUUUUUCUGGGUGCUAUUACGUUAUAGAUCUUGAAUUUAGUUGAGAUUUUUUGAUAUUAAGUAGAUAAAUAUUAUAUUGAAAAGUAAUAUCAGGACGUUUUUAUCAGAAAAUUUAUAUCGUAUUGAAUAUAUAUUUAUGAUUCAGUAAAAAAUGUAUAUGUGUAAAUUGUAUAAUCUAUAUUUAUUGAAAAUUACUUAAAGUAUUAUUUUACUUAUAAAAUGUUGUUAACUGAAGUGUACGACUGUUACCAAAUAUUUUUUUUUAUUUGCUGUUUAUCCACCUGAUGAAGCUAUGGUACUGGGUGUCCCAAGUUUCACUGUCACCACUAGUUAUCGAGAUAAAAUUUGACAGCCCAGAUGGUUUUUUCGACCUUAUUAUAAGCGUUAUAUACACUUCACUGUACAGAACUCAACGAUUUUUCCAUGAUAAAUGAAACGAAUUUUGGAAAACUUUGGAUACCCUGUAGUGUGAAACAUAUAUAGUAGUUUUAGAACUGAAGAAAUCGUGUGAUGGAGUAAGUAAUACUUCAAAAACAGAUUUUUUUCAAAAAACUUUAAUAAAUUGGAUGAAAUUGAGCAGUUGCAUACAGUCAAUCAGUCCAUAAUUUCUUCCAACUAAAAAUUUUAUAUUCUCUUGACUUUAAUAGUUUCUUUUUGCCAGAAUAUUUAGAUGAGUCUUCUCUUAUUAUUUUUCAGUAUUAAUUCUCAUAAACGAGUUUGUGAUAUUUGAUUUUUUGCUACAAGUCGAGUUUUCUAGAGACAUCUUGAUUAUGUCUUUUGAGUUUUUCUUUUGAUAUUUUUGGUACUUUUUUUAAUGUCAUUACAACCUACCUUCGUUCCACCCUUUCUUAAUAUAAAAAUGACUGUUCUUUUUCAAUCCAGUGAAUGAUUAAUUCGCUCACAAAAGGGAGAUCUUUCCUUUGAGAAUUUUAUAACUCUCCUUAUGCGAUUGAACUUGCAGAUUUAAAUGCUGCUUUUUAUGAACGUGAAAAACAAUAAAGGUAUCGAAAUACUUAAUGCCAUUGAAUUUAUUGUAAUACUUGAUGUUGAAUUGGGAAUUUCUUGGGUCAACGAUGACAAUUUGAUUGUUAACUCGAUAUCGAAUUACAUUUUAUUGUAAUAAAUGAAUGUAUCUUCUAAUAAAAUAUUUAUUGAAAUUGAA